AUGGGUACAGUUACGACUGGUUUUCUACUCCUCCUCUCAGCUUCGCUGAUUGCUGGUUACUGUCCCAGAGAAGAGCACCAUCAUCUUGGUUUUUGUGCAUAUCGAAUCAAAUGUUUUAACACUAUUAAAGGGGCUACUCUAGGUCAAGAAUGUCAAGGUGCUAGCAAUAACGAUAUAAUGGUAGAUCUGACACUCCAGGACGCCUACGAUGGCUUCCUUGUGAACGUGACUGACACUGAAUUUCUAACGAGUAUAACCUCAUUAAAGGUACUCGGUAACUGGCCACAAACAAACCUCUCUUUUCUGGAAUACACAGUUAGAUUGACCAAUCUGAAUCUUGGUAAUAUGCAAAUAAAACAAAUAUAUGGCCGUCCUUUCCAGUAUCUUAGCCGCUUAGAGAUACUAGAUUUGUCACAUAAUCAAUUAUCUGAAAUUGAUGAAUUAUUCACAUUCGAAUAUUCAAAUAAAAUAAAAAAACUUUACUUAGCUUACAACAAAAUUAGUGAAAUACCUGGUUAUGUCUUUCAAGAACUCACCAGCCUAAUAGAACUUGAUCUUUCAAACAAUUUAAUAGAAGACUUAAACGAGGAACCUUUUUCGAAUUUGACAAAUCUGGAGACGCUUAAUCUUAACAAUAACUGUAUAAAAUAUUUGAAUGGCGCCAUAAAUAAGAAACUUCUAAAUUUAAAACAUCUGUUUAUUAACAACAAUAAGAUAAAUAACAUAGAUGAUAAAUCGCUAGAUAAAAUAUAUCAUUUGGAAACAUUCGAAUUCUCCAAUAAUAAAUUAAACAAAUUAAUGCCAAAACUUCUCUAUAGACAUUGGGAUCAUUUCGGAGGUCAUUUAAAAUGUAGAAUAAUACUUUCUGGAAACCAAUUAAGUGUAAUUAAAAACGCGACUUCGAAGGAACUUAAAGAAAGAAUUGAUAAACAUCGCAUUGAUGGAUUGAGAACAGAACUUGAUUUAUCAAAGAAUGAAAUAGAACGCAUUGAAUAUAAUGGUUUUCAAUACGUUGCAAAUAUAAUGAAUUUAGAUGUUUCUCAUAACAGAUUACGCAGUUUUGUAGUAAACAUUACAGAUUUAGCAAACAUUCGAUUCUUUAAUCUUAGUAAUAACUUUAUAACAGGAUUAGAUUUUACAACUUUCUCUCAUAUGAAUAAUUUACAAAACCUUGAUUUAUCUAACAAUCGAUUUGAUUAUGUCCCCGAUCAAAGCCUGAGUUACACUCAUAAUUUAAAACAACUAAAUAUUACAUAUAAUGGUAUAACUCAAGUUGAAGGCUUUCAUGUUACCUUCCAUACGUCAGGAGGAAUACUAGAUUUAUCAAACAAUACUCUCUCAUCGUUCAAUGUUUCACCGGGCCAAGCAAAUGGUCUCAUUGAAUUAAUACUUCAUUCUAAUAAUAUAUCAGAUGCUUCUCAAAUACAACUAAAGCAUCUUCGUAAUCUCACAAAAUUAGACUUGAGUAAAAAUAUCAUUGGAGGCUUGAAUGAAUCGUCACUGCAACUUCCUGUUACACUCAUAUUUCUUGAUUUGAGUUCUAACAGAAUUAAAAAUAUCAGCCCUUCUACGUUUUAUAGGGUGACACAUUUACGCACUCUGAGACUGGCCCACAAUUAUUUGAAAAAUAUAGAAUACGGUACAUUCCGAGGACUAACAUCACUUCUUAACCUAGAUAUAUCGUUUAACAUGAUUACAAACCUCAACUCCAAAGCUCUAUUAGAUCUGAAGUUUCUCAGGUUUCUAUCGAUAAGACACAAUGAUAUGGUCAGUUUAGAAUGUAACGCUUGGAUCAGUCAUAAAAAUGACCUUAUUGUGUUCCUUGAUGGUAACAAAUUUUCCUGCGAGUGGUUGGAGACUGUUCUCACUGACUAUAAUAAUGGUUACUCAAAAAUGCACCCUGCCGUCAACUAUCCUCAGAUUGCAGGAUCUUCUUUAGAAGGAAUACCAUGCGUUAAAGGUCCCGACAAUCUUAUACGACCGAGGUACGUUAUGGUGGACGAGAGACUUUUGGCUAUAAACCAAAAGAUACUAGAGGCAGUGAAAGAACAAACUUCCUAUUUAAGAAAGUAUAUAUGGCGUUAUUUUCUGCAUGAGGCAAAUAGAACUGAUGGAAUGCAGUCGUACAAAUAA